ACACAAGCCCCUGUGAAAAUGCAUGGUAUAAAAGACUCGUUUUCACCAAAAACACAGAACAAUGAUGCGAAAAACUUAAAUAUUGAAUUAUUAAGGCAUGCACUUAAAGGUAAUCGCUAUGCGUUGUUGUAAAUGUGUUAUAAAUGUGCUUGUGAUGGUAAUAAGCAGCUGAUUCGUGAACAGGGACGGUGUUGUUAACAGAGAACGCCCUCAACGCGAGUCUUUCUCCAUCAACCAGUGAAAAGGGGCACAGUGAGGGAGUUGCUCUUCCAUCAUUGUUAAAUACGAGCUCGGCGUGAAGGCUUCUGGAGAUCUUCACCCGGAGAGAGAAGCCCGGGUCGCCGUCGGCUCCGUUCACCCGAAGCGGAAGGAAACCAGGAAGCGGCUGGAAGCUGGAGAGCGCGCGGAAACCGAGGGAAAUGAAGAAGAUGGCUCCGUCUCAGUUGCAGGCGUACAGGCGGCGCUGGUGGAUGGCCGUCACCGCCGUGCUGGAGAAUCUGUCGUGUUCGGCCGUGCUGUUGGGCUGGGGCUCUCUGCUCAUCAUGCUCAAAAGACAGGGCUUUUACUCGCACCUGUGCACAGAAAAUAAGACGGAGAGCGCUAACGCUAGCGCGCCGGAUGAAUGGCCGAGUUGUGUGGAACAGGAAGAAAUGCUGAACUUGGGCUUCACCAUUGGCUCGUUCCUGCUCAGCGCCGCCACGCUGCCGUUGGGUAUACUGAUGGACCGGUUCGGCCCCAGGCCUCUUCGCCUCGCUGGAAGUGCUUGUUUUGCGUCCUCUUGUGUGAUGAUGUCCUUAUCAUCGUAUCAACCAGAAGUCCUCUCUGCGCUCAUUUUCUUGGCUCUUUCGCUCAACGGCUUCGGAGGGAUCUGCCUGACCUUCACAUCCCUCACGCUGCCAAACAUGUUCGGCAGUCUGAGCUCUACUGUGCUGUCCCUGAUGAUCGGCUCCUACGCUUCAUCGGCCGUCACCUUCCCCGGAGUUAAGCUGAUAUACGAUGCCGGGGUGUCGUUUACUGUUAUCAUGUGGAUGUGGGCCGGCCUGGCUUCUCUGGUCUUUCUCAACUGUUUCCUGAACUGGCCGGUAGAAGGGUUUUCUACACAAGAGGAGCUCGAGAUGAAAAUGAAUCAUGCCACCGAAAACCACAAACUAUCGUCUGAAGAGGCGUCGGGAGAAAGCGAGAAGCUGCCGGCUGCUGCUCGGAGACCCUCGGUCCCGUUCCGCCGCUCCGUGUUCUCGCCCAUAUUUCUCUGGAGUCUGAUCACGAUGGGAAUGACGCAGCUCAGGAUCAUCUUCUUCAUGGGAGCCAUGAACAAGAUGGUGGAGUUCCUGGUGACCCACGGAGAGGAGAACCCCUCUAAAGAACUGCUGCACGAGGCCGAGGGGAAAGUGAGCUUCUACUCGUCCAUCUUCGGCACGCUGCAGCUCCUGUGUCUGCUCACCUGUCCUCUGAUCGGAUACAUCAUGGACUGGAAGAUGAAAGAGUGCGAGGUGGACCAGAAGACGGCUCGGGGAGAGAAAGAGUAAGUCCUUCUGUUCUCAGAAAUAGCGUGACGAGGUAGUGUUUCUUACUAUUAUUAUAGCAAUAGUUACGCAUGCGUGCGUGCUAUAACGACCCAUACUUUGAGGCUGAGAUUGGUGCGUUGUUGGGGAAUAAACAACAGCGAUGAGAUCAGUCGAAGAAAUGGCUCCAGAUAUUGGCUCUAAAAAGAUAAACUUAGACUAGGUCCAUGUGUGGAGGUAAGCACUUCUUCGUGAGGAUCAUUUGGGCCAAAUGAUCACACACACUCUCACACACACAAACACACUC